GACAUCUCAUGCCGAACACCGUACGUUGGAGAUCAACGGUUUCUUUGUGCAGGUUUCUGGCCUUUUGAAGUCAAAGAAGCCGAUCGAUGUGACUGUCUCUUUACCCAUGAUAGAGAAUCCACAGGCCAAAUAUGCAUUCCAGCUAAAAAGUCGAGAUUAUACACCAGUUUUGGAAGAUGGUCAGACAACGGGGCAAUCAAGCGAACCUCAGCAAACUGAGGUGGUUUUCCAUCUGGGCGAAACGUUCCUGAAUACUUAUGGCAAUUCUAAAUGGGCUGUAAAGCUCUGUUUUGGCUGUCAUCGUGCGGGCGAGCUCAAAAUGUUUCGCAAGAUACGUUUGAAUCCACCGAAUGAGCUAGUCGAAUGGAAGACUAUUACUGUUGGUAAAGCGACAGAAAUCGUAAAAUGGUACGAUGAGGCAGCGCAUUACGAGGCCCUUUACUUCAAAGUACUGCUAACACGUCAAGUAUCUUCAGAUAACUUCAUGAUCAGUAUGGAACGCGAGUUGAAAGGUCUGAAGGAAGCGAUGAGUCAGAUGCGCACCACACUUGGCUCUUUCCAAUGUCCCUCAAUCGACAUCACUCGUCUGAUCUUUCAUCCAAAGCGUGGAGGAACUAUCAAGAAUCUUUAUGUUCCAAGUCAUAUACUCACCAAGUUUGAAUAUUUUCAAUCAUUGCACUCGCAAGAAUACUCUGAAACCUCGCAAACAGAUGAAUCUCCAUUUCCAUCGGAUCAGCUGACUCGACAAGAUGUUGGAGAAGUAUUUGCCGAGGAUUCUGAUGAUGAAUGGGACAUUGAUGAAGACCCUCGCGAACCACAAAAGAGUGAUAAAUUCAAGGCUACCAUUCAUGUCACGGACACAUCUCGGCGAACCUAUCAAGCGUUCAUAGAUUAUGCAUUUUGCGGAGCGUUGUACUUUGCUCCCCUUCAAUCUACAUACAGGCAAGUUAAGCUAGAGUGUCAGAUUGACACUUUGCCUUUUCCUGCAUGGCCCACCUGGGCCAAAGCUUAUAGUGAGUCUCAUGUCAUUGUACCGGGGUACAAGACUCUCACAAGCCCCAAGAGUUUAUACCGCAUGGCUGAUAUGUUGUUGAUUCCUGAACUGAAAUCCAUAUGCCGAAGACAGAUCAUCAGAUUCCUACAAGAUGAUAAUGUGGUAUCUGAGAUCAUGAGUCCACUUUUUCGGCAACAUGAAGAAUUACGUAUGUCUGCCUAUGAAUAUGUGAAAAAGAAUUGGGAUUCCAUUGCUAAAAGAGGCGAGAUGAGUCGAAUCUUUACCAACCUUUCACGCAAAGAGGCAGCUCUUAUUGGAGAAACUUUGUUCAAGCACCUUACUCCAUCUACCACAUCUAAAACCUAGAGAAUAUGCAAGCUAUAUUUCUUUGGUAUGUUAUUGUCAUCAACCCCAACAAAAUGCUCUCAUUCCUUGGGACUAUGUUUACUCUAUUGUAUGAAAACUAUGUACCCAGAUUGUGAUACUUUGAACUACCGAUUUUGGAAAUUGGAU